AUGAUUACUGUAGGAUCUGGUAGACUUAGAGUUGAUAAAAGGCAUAUUGCACAGUCUGUUGCUCUCAAUAAUUAUGUUUCAGCAAUUUCAGAGUAUAAUGGUGUUAUGGAGACAGGCUCAGGCACCAAGUGUAGUGGUGAUAUGGACACAGGCUCAGGCACUAAGUGUAGUGCUUGUAGCGGGCCGGCUGACAACCCAACCUGUUGUCCCUGCUCAGCCACGUUGUGUCCCUGGAAAAGAAUCAGUUAUCAUACAUAGAGACCCAUUUCCCACCCAGUAACCUGAUGACAUAAAGUCCUAGGGGUACAACAAGAACUUUAUUUACCACACUCGGCUUUAUACUUUCUCCAAUGACAAUGUCCCCUUCCAAGGUCCUCCCCCUUCUGGGGGUCGCACAAUGGAACCUGAACCCCAGUCCCUUUGUCCCCUGUUCCCGCCACUAAGUGUCCCCUCCCAGGGUCCUCCCCCUCCCCAGGGCCUGUGCGUGUAACAGGAACUCUAGUCCUUUUGGCCCCAGUUCCCGCCACCCAUCCUCAGGGUUUCCUACCUCUGGUGGCCAGGGGUAUUUAUCCCAUUAGCCUCUUUACCUGGGAGCUUCCCGCCUCUGUGACUCUGGGGAGGUCUGGGGAGGUCCAAUCCAUGAGACGAGAAGCAAUCCGCCUGGAUGGCGUUUGUCUAAUGAACGAGCUGCCACCCAGGGUCAGUGCAGUUUGCAUUUUUAACACCUCGUUAGUGAGGUGUGAACACUACCUAACAUUCUACCUAAACAUUCUAAAUGGGGAUCCACGUUCGGGAGGCGAAUGGAACCUAUUCGUAUGAGCUCUCCCGAAUGGGGAGCAGGUCAAACACAUGAAUACAGCACAAUACAGGGGAAAACAUGGGAAAUAUCACACAGCAAUUCACGAACAGGUGGCUGUCCCACCACAGUGGUGUUAUUAAGACAAGCUCAGGCACCGAGUGUAGUGGUGUUGUUGAGACAGGCUCAGGCACUGAGUGUAGUGGUUGUAGCAGAUUGCAUUGGGCUGUCUACAACAUUUUGAGUUACAAUGUGCUUUUGUUUAAUUUCUUGCUAUGUGUAUCUAUAUUGUAUGCAGCAUUUGACUGAUUGUUCGGUAAAAUCACUCUUCACCAUACGAAUGAAAAUACCGAACAGGGAGAAUUGUGCCCCCUGUUUACCACUUAAUUCAUUGCAACCACAGGCUAAUUGGCAAUUGACUAAAUACUCGUGUGGGUUUUCUGGGUGGCCGCUGUUCGGCAUACGAACGUGUGGUAGCGGCCAUCUUGCAUACGAACGCUGUUUGGUCGUCGAGUGUCUGGAAUCGAAAUCAGACACUCGAUUACCUGAACACCGCUGAGACCUCCAGAGCUUUGUAACUACCGAACUGAACAACCAGCCAGCCCAUCAUUCGGUUGAAUGAAUCUCCCGAACAAGGAGAUUCAGACGAACCCCAGCUCAGCCCUGGAUGGCAAUGAUUUUCGUGCUUUUUAUCUCUCGAACAAAGACCGACCGCAAGGCCAAAACACAUGGAAGUUUUUUCGGCUACUGCCUUGUGUCUGGUUGGUUAAAUAACUACUUCCACCUAACUCCCGAACCCCUGGUCUGAUCUGGGUGAUUUUUGAAUAUGUUGCUCACCCAGAUCAGGGCUACCAGGGGAUAUAGCACAUAUAAUUGUAUCUAGCAUAUUUGGGGUACAUCUGAAAACAGGAUAAAACUAUAUACUGUAUAAGUGGAUUAUGUGUCAUACUGAGGGGAGGAGAUGUGUGGGAGGUAACUGGUAAAUGAUUGGUUACUGUUCUAAUUAUUGUGGGUACCUCCCUUGCAUGGGAGAAAUGCUUAAAAGAAGGAUGUGUGGAAUAAAAGUUCAGUUCUGCUCCUGAUGCUGUGUGUCGUCCAGUCAUUGGGAAAGGUGAUGGGAUAUUCUUGGAUUACUCUAUUUACUGUGGAUACUAUUCUCUUGGAUUUUAAUACUUGUUCCUGAGCCUCAGUUGGAUUACCAGUAGAAAUAGUCUGUGAGAGACCAGCUCUCCGCUACAGUGGUGUUGUGGAGACAUUCUCAGGCAGCGAGUGUAGUGGUAUUAUGGAGACAGGCUUGGAGACUAUGGUGAGGCCUCAUAGAAAGCAGUUGUUGUUGGGGGAUUCCAUUAUAAGAGGUGUGGAGAUGGACAAUGGUGGUCUUUUGAGAUGUCUUCCCGGAGCUACUGCUCACAGAGACAGGAGACGUAUUUGUAAUAUUGUUAAGCGGGCAAAGCAGGAAGGGUAAUUGGAUGCACUUGUCCAUCUAGGGACAAAUUACUUGGCUUGCAAUGAGGUUUCAGAGGUUAAGGAAGUUUUUAGUGUUUUUGCCAAUGAUAUACGGCAGGCUGCUUCCACACUGUCAUUCUCUGAAGUUCUGCCUGUGCAUAACACUCAGAAUGACAGGCGGAUGCGUAUUAGGGACUUUAAUUUGUGGCUUGGUGAAUGGUGUCGGGAGCAAGGAUUUGGCUUUAUUUCUCAUGGUAGCUCUGUUUGGAGUGGAAAUAAACUGUACAAAAAAGAUGGUUUUCAUCUCCCUCAGAAGGGAACAAAUGUUCUCAGUGAGCAGUUCAGAGGUUUUGCUAGGAUGUAUUUAAACUAGGAGGGGGGGGGGCAAAAGGGUGAUAAAACAUCAAUCAAAUUGCCCCCCAAAACAAGGACAGAAGGUGCCUGUAGCAAGUGUGUUAAAAAAUGACAAGCUUAGAGUCAUGUCUACAAAUGCUCACAGUUUAGGGAAUAAGAUCCAUGAACUUGUGGCAAUAAUGGCAACUGACGAAGCCUAUCCAAUGAGAAACGCGUUAAGUGUAUUGUUUAUAACUUUUUAAAUCACUAUUUUAUUUUAUUAUAUUGUAUUACUUUUAUUAUUUUUUUUAAUAUUAAAGUCAUUUUUUAAUUGGACUUACCUUUGCUGCUGUUGGAUUGUUUGGACCUAUACCCUUGGUGGGGAUCAUACCACCCAAGUGCAUUGGAUUGAGCAAACAUGCUCUUUAGCAUGUGAGUAGGUUUAACUUAUUUAUUUCUGCUUACACUCCUUUUUACGGUGCACACUGUUGUGGUUCUAUUUGUUUAUCUCCACAUAUAAAUUAACAGAAGAAUUUAUAUUUACACCUGUAUCCUUCAGUGGGGAUCAUACCAUCUCAAGCACUCUCAUCAGAGGAGCCAGGUUUUAUGGCUCCAUUACACAUGAGUACACAUUUUAUAGUUUUUACCUACCCUUACUUCAUAGCUCUACAUACUUCACCAUGUACAAUUUUUAUUUGUUUAAUUUUUAUGAGGAUACCCCCUACUAUAAUUCAAAGAAUCACCUCUACACUUGAUCCAUAGGAAGGGAUAUUCUGCCCAGGAGCAUACACUGGAGCUAUAUUGAAGCUGCAGGAAAGUGUGAGUGUACAUCUUUUAUUUGACGCAAUGUCUCACGUGUAAAACAGUACCCUCUAUGUACAGGUUUUAUGGUGUUUUGGGAAGUUACAGGAUCAAAAUUAGCAUGUAAAAUUUUUCAUUUUUUUCACAUUGAAAUUGGCCAGAUUGGUAGACAACCCAAGGUAUUGCAAAUGGGGUAUGUGCAAUCUUUUUAGUAGCCACUUGGUCACAAAUAUUUGCAAUACCUUGGGUUGUCUACAUUGCAAAUGGUAUUCCAGCGCAUGGGGAUAAUUUUAAUUCCUGGCUACCAGAGGACCCUCAGGCAACAUAAACUAACCUGCCAAAUUCUCAAUGUGAAAAUCCGAAAUGCCUUAUGUUUGACACUGUAACUUUUGAAAACACCGUAAAACCUGUACAUGAGGGGGUACUGUUAUACUCAGGAGACUUCGCUGAACACAAAUAUUAGUGUUUCAAAACAGUAAAACGUAUCACAACAAUUAUAUUGUCAGUGUAAGUGCCAUUUGUGUGUGAAAAAUGCAAAAAAUGUCACUGUCACUGACGAUAUUGUCAUUGUAAUACAUUUUACUGUUUUGAAACACUAAUAUUUGUGUUCAGCGAAGCCUCCCGAGUAGAACAGUACCCCCCAUGUACAGGUUUUAUGGUGUCUUGGAAAGGUAUAGGGUUAAAUAUAGUGCUAGCAAAUUAAAUUCCCUUUACUUUCGGCAUGGGUUGUCAGGCAGGUCCCGCUAAUUGUAAUUAAUUAAGAUACCUAAUUAUGUAAAAAUAAUACAUAAAUAUAUAUGUAGAAUUAAUAUAUGUAUAUAUAUACGUAUGUGUAUAUAUAUGUAUAUAUCUAUAUAAUUUUAAAAAAAUAUUUUUAUUUAUAUAUAGGUAUAUAUAUAGUGAUAUAUAUGUAUAUAUUUAUGUAUAUAGAUAUAUAUAUUAUUUCGUUCUACGUGUAUUUUGAUAUAUAUAUAUAUAUUAAUUUCUAAAACAGUUAGAGCAGUAACACAUCUAUAUAUUUUUAAUUAUUUAUUUUUAAUUAUUUUUUAAUUUUAUUUUUUAACAUAUUUACAUUUUAUUUUUUUUAUAUUAUAUAUAAAUAUAUAUAUAUAUAUAUAUAACAUAAUUAUAUAUAUAUUUAAUCAGUAUCAGUCUACGUGUAAUUUGAUAUUAAUAUAUAUAUAUAUAUAAUUAUAUAUAUAUUAAUAGUAAAAUACACCUAAAAUAGCUGUAAUGUGUGUAUGUAUAUGUGUGUAUAUAUAUACUUAGAUCAUAUAUAUAUAAUAUAUACAUAUGAUCUAAGUCAGCUAUAUGAUAUGAUCUAAGAAGCCAGCUAUACCCGGCCAUGUGAUUGUGGGGUCCUCGCCAGGACCCCACUCUCACAUGGCCGGGGGGCUUCAACGAGGACGGAUGUGCCGCGGGGGGCUCCCUGGGAGUCCGCCCAACCGCGAUCGCCGGCGUGGGACCGCCGGCGACCGGGUAAGUUAACAAAAACCGGAGGGCGUACAAUUACGCCCGGCGGCGUUUAGAGCCGCCUAUUAGAGGGCGUAAUUGUACGUCCUGCGGUUUUAAGGGGUUAACUUAACUUAACCACGUGCUUGGUAAGGGUGGAUACUACCUCCCUGCCAAAACUGAAAGGAAAAAAUAUCAGAGGGAAUAAAAGAGGAAUUCACCUUUAAGGACCGAGGAUGGUUCAGGACAGUCAUCGGCAUUUUCCCAUUGCCGACCGCUGACGGUCCUGAACCGUCCUAACAGUCUGAGUUACUUACCUGAUCACCGUCGUUCCCGUUGUGGGGAGACUACCUGCAGCCCAGACAGUCUCCCCACACUGGAUUAGGACCCCUGUGGCCAUGUGAUUGCUCAACACAGCGAUCACAUGGUCACAAUAGGUGUCCAUGUGUCUGCCUGCAGGGGGACUGUCUGUGCUGACAGGCAGUCUCCCUGUAAAAUAAAAUUAAAGUUAAUUUUUUUUUAUUUUUAUUUACAGUGUGUAUGUGUGUAUGUGUAUAUAUGUAUAUGUGUGUAUAUAUGAGACAUAUAUUAUAUCUAUAUAAUGUCAUGUCAUACUAAGUGUAUUUUUAGAUUAAUAUGUACUUAUAUUAAUAUAAAAAUACACUUAUAAUUAAAUUACACACGUGUGUGUGUGUGUGUAUAUAUAACUACAUUAUAAAAUAUAAGAUAUAAAAUAUAAAAAAAAAUUUAACAAUUUUUAUCUUUAUGAAAUUUUAUUCUAACUGUAUUUUAAAAUUAAUAUAUAUAUCAAAAUACACUUAGAAUGAAUUUGUAUAUAUAAAUAAAUAAAAAUACGAAAUAUACAUAUGUCCAUAUCCAAAUUACAUAAAUAAUUAUAUAAAUAUACACGUAGACUUCAAAUAUAUAAAUAUGCAUAUAUUUAAAUUCUACGUGCGUAUUUAUGUAAUAUUAAGUAAUUUUAUUGAUUGCAAUUUGAGGGAAUUGCCGAAAUUCCAGAGAAUUUAAUUUGCUAGCACUGUAUUUUACCCUGUAACGUUCUACGACACCAUAAAACCUGUACAUGGGGGGUACUGUUUUACUCGGGAGACUUCGCUGAACACAAAUAUUAGUGAUUCAAAACAUUAAAACAUAUCACAGCGAUGAUAUUGUCAGUGAAAGUUACUUUUUUUGCAUUUUUCACACACAAACAGCAUUUUUACUGAUGAUAUAAUUGUGAUACGUUUUCCAGUUUUUAAACACUAAUAUUUGUGUUCAGCGAGGUCUCCCAAGUAAAACAGUACCCCCCAUGUACAGAUUUUAUAGCAUUUUUGAAAGUUACAGGGUCAAAUAUAUGGGUCAAAUAUUUUUACAUUGAAAAUGGCCAGGUUGGUUACGUUGCCUUUGAGAGCGUAUGGUAGCCCAGGAAUGAGAAUUACCCCCAUGAUGGCAUACCAUUUGCAAAAGAAGACAACCCAAGGUAUUGCAAAUGGGGUAUGUCCAGUCUUUUUUAGUAACCACUUAGUCACAAACUCUGGCCAAAAUUAGCGUUCAAUUGAUUUUUUUUGUACUUUUUUCACACACAAACAAAUAUGAAUGCUUACUUUGGCCAGUGUUUGUGACUGAUUGGCUACUAAAAAAGACUGGACAUACCCCAUAUUGAAUACCCCGGGUUGUCUACUUUAAAAAAAUAUGUACAUGUGGGGUGUUAUUUAGAGAUUUGACCGAUAAUAGUGUUACAAUGUCACUAUUGAUAAAUUUAAAAAAUUUAUGUUUUGAAACCGCAAUAUCCUACUUGUACCUAUAGCCCUAUAACAUGCAAAAAAAAGCACGUAAAUACUGGGUAUUUUUAAACUCAGGACAAAAUUUUGAAUCUAUUUAGCAGUUUUUUUUUCAUUCGCUUUUGUAGAUGAGUAAAAGAUUUUUCAAGUAAAAGUAAAAAAACAUUUUUUUUUUUUUUUUUCCUUUUUGCAUCAUUUAUUUUUUUUUAAUUAAAAUACAUGAGAUUAUAUAAAUAAUGGUAUGUAAAGAAAGCCCCUUUUGUCCUGGAAAAAAAUAAAUAACUUGUAUGGGAACAGUAAAUGAGAGAGCGGAAAAUUGCAGCUAAACACAAACACCACAAAAGUGUAAAAAGAUACCUGGUCGCAAAUGUACAACAUCGCUAAAAACAGUCCAGUCCUUAAGGGGUUAACGAAUUAAAAUGGGACACUAACACAUUACAAUCUGUACUCUAAAUGUAAGAAAUGUAUUUAGUCUUAAAGGUGAAAGUCUGGCUGAAUUGGACUGUUUGACGUUAAAGGGACACUAUAGUCACCAGAACAACUUUAGCUUAAUGAAGCAGUUUUGGUGUAUAGAACAUGCCCCUGCAGCCUCACUGCUCAAUCCUCUGCCAUUUAGGAGUUAAAUCCCUUUGUUUAUGAACCCUAGUCACACUUCCCUGCAUGUGACUUGCACAGCCUUCCAUAAACACUUCCUGUAAAGAGAGCCCUAUUUAGGCUUUCUUUAUUGCAAGUUCUGUUUAAGAUUUUCUUAUCCCCUGCCAUGUUAAUAGCUUGCUAGACCCUGCAAGAGCCUCCUAUAUGUGAUUAAAGUUCAAUUUAAAGAUUGAGAUACUAUUAUUUAAGGUAAAUUACAUCUGUUUGAAAGUGAAACCAGUUUUUUUUUUUUCAUGCAGGCUCUGUCAAUCAUAGCCAGGGGAGGUGUGGCUGGGGCUGCAUAAACAGAAACAAAGUUAUUUAACUCCUAAAUGGCAGAGAAUUGGGCAAUGAAAUUGCAGGGAAUGAUCUAUACACUAAAACUGCUUUAUUUAGCUAAAGUAAUUUAGGUGACUAUAGUGUUCCUUUAAGCAUAAUUGCAAAUGUUCAUAUGUCCUCAUAAGACAUCAACACUAUUCUUUAAAUGACUGUCAACUUAAUGGAUAUUUGCAUAUUGUCUAAAGAAACCCAGAGGUGACAUUACCACUUGGAGUGCGGUGGCCUGGGAAUUUCACUGUGUAUCUAUAUACUAACUCACAUAUUACAAGGACAAUUUGAGCAACGAAAGAACUUUAACUUAAUGAAGAUAUUUUAGUGUAUAGAUAAUGCCACUGCAUGCACACUGCUCAAUUUACUGCCAUUAGGUCUUUCUGUUUCUGCAGUCCUAGCCACACCUCAUCUGGCUGAGACUCUCACAACCUCCCUACACACUUCCUUAAAAAGAGGUCUAAUCUUUAAACUUCCCUUAUUGCACAGUGUGUUUGUUUAACUUAGAAUUUCUUAUAUAUUGCUCUGUUAAUAGCAUCCUAGAUCAUACAGCAGUUUACAGUGUUUGUUCAAUUAAUAGAGCGGGAGAUGAGAGCUUAUAAAGUAAACACUGUGCUGUAAGAUCAGAUUGUUAAUGUGCCUACAUGUGUUUUCUGAUCUUUGUUUAAUGGAUGUUAUUAAUGUUUUCAUUCAAUUUAUCCCCUCAACGCUCUGUAGCUACUACUGGAGUUAGUGGUGUUGUCAGGCUUUUGGGUUUUGUUAGUAGGCAUUUUGUUAACUGUGACACAUAAUUAGUCACAUUCAUAUUAGUUGUUUCCAAGUAUCUACAAGGGUGCAUGACCACCAUAUAUUAUCCAUCCCUGCUAAACAAAUCCAACCUUUUUUGUGUUAUGGAUCUGAUUUACACAAAAAAAGUACAAACCCUUAUUUCUUUGUAUUUUUGAAUGUUCAAGCUCCGUGCCUUGGUGCUUAGAAUGUAUUUACCUUUGCACAGUGCAUUGUAAAAGCAAAUAUUUUUCCUUUCUUCCAAAAAGGCAGGAAACAAUUGAGCAGCUCCUAAGUAACAUGUUUGAAGGAGAACACAACGAAUCUGUAAUUGUUCACGGCAUUCAAGUGCUUUUGACUCUUCUGGAGCCUCGUAGACCGAGGUAGGUUUCAAACCAUAGUAAAAUGUUUUUUUGUUUUUUUUUGAGUAGUAGAACAGUUAGUAGUGCAACUCAUAUCACAGGGCAUGUACUAGGGUGCUUUUUAAAUUUAUAGUGGCUGUGUUGUGCUAUGUUAUUUUGUAAUCUAGAUUCUUAUUUCACAUGCUUUUAAUUCGUACAUAGUCCCUCUAAAAACAUUACGUUAUAAAAAAAUAAAAAUACAUGUGAUGAACAUUAGGAAAGUUGAGCGAACACCUAUUUUUCUUUUAUUUAAACAAAAAAAAUUAAUUCACUUUACUGAAAAUGACCGUUCCUCAUUCCCUCACGCUAGUAAACGCUAAUGAAGUGCAGAAGAGGUAAUUUAUAAAGCAAAUUCAUCUCUGCAGCACUUGUGUGUCCAGAACAUCAUCAGUCCAUUAUCCCUUCCUCUUAUGUGGUUUGAAAGUGCCAUAUAUGUGCUUGCUCUCUGCUACGCUUGAAUUAAUUUAAACAGGGAGAUAAAUUAAAGUGACGGUCACCCUAUACUUGCUUUGCUUCAACCUGUUCCUCUUCUCUUCCUUACUUCUAAUCUGUUCUUUCUUUUCUUUUUAAUCUAUUUUUCUUAAAAUAUAUGAGGAAAAGUAGGGGCUACUUUGACUUUACUUGGGUUAACCGUGAGCAUGGUGUUAGCCGUCUACUGAAUUCCAGGGUGCUAUGGCAUUUAAUGUCUGAUUUAACAUCCUUCUGACUCUCUUAUCAUGGUAGACUGUGAGCCCUAUCUGAGAGUAGGUUACAUAUAAUUAAACACUUAGUAAGAAAUUUAGAGGCAUGUUAAGCGCUAUGGUUAAUCUCUUUAAGCACUGGAGCAGUUCGUGCUGUACGUCAUUGGAAGGGUGCAAUUGUUAAUUUGCCAUUGAGCGAGAAGCCAGUCUAUAUGACUUACUCUCCAUACAUGUAGUGUGUGUGUACAACUUUUUUUAUUUACCGAGCCAAACCAUUUUGUUAUGAAUACAUAACAUUUUUCAGACCAUAACUUGUACAGAAAGGAUUAGCGCCCAGAAGUUUAAAAGUCCCCUAAUUACAUGGGCUAGGUUGGAAGAAACAGUGUAUUUUAAAGCAUCUAGACUAGAUCCCAAGUGUGGAUGAGACCGUUGGAUGGUUGGUUGUUUGGUUCUUAAGUGAGGUGGGAGACAGGGGUCCCCGCAAAGUCUGAUUCCAAUGCUAUCCAGAGUGUAAGCAAUGGUCCAUUCAAUCACUCUUUGUCAGUUAAUUGUUUUAUGGUAAAGGGCAAUGUUGGGUUGGCUCACUCCACCCCUGUUUUUUGGUUGUGUUUGAAGGUGGAGAUUUAGUCUAGGCUUGUGGUUGUGCCACACAUAGGAAAUAAAGGUGUUUUCUAUCGGUGUGAAUAAUGGACGAGGUAUAAGAACAGGUAAAGUUUGCAAGAGAAAUAAGAGGCAUGGUACAUAUAUUCAUCUUGAGCACUUGAUGGUCCAACUUAAUCUGACGAGAGGUGAGAAAUUGAUGUUGCAGGCUUUAUUAACCCCUUAAGGACCAAACUUCUGGAAUAAAAGGGAAUCAUGACAUGUCACACAUGUCAUGUGUCCUUAAGGGGUUAAAGGGACACUGGAGGGCACUUAGAUCACUUCAGCUCAUUGAAGUGGUCUGGGUGCACUGCCUCAGGUCGCUUAACUCUGCAAUGGUAAUUAUUUCUUUUUUUUUUUUUUUUUAAUGGAAAAAAAAAAAAAAAUUCCCCAUCCCUUCCGGGCACUAUAGUUUCCCUUUAAGGUUGGAGGGUAGGUUUAACCCAAAGUUUUUAAUGAAUUCCUUAAAUCAGUUCAUUUAGUUCUUAAGAGAACAUAUUGGAUUUCAAAUUGUUAAAGUUAAGCUUUAAAGCCGUUACUGCCAUUGGUUUAAUUCACAAUUUCAGGUGCAUGAGCCUACUAUUGACUGCUUAACCCCUUAAGGACCAACUUCUGGAAUAAAAGGGAAUCAUGACAUGUCACACAUGUCGUGUCCUUAAGGGGUGAAAAGUGGCACUGUCAUGGCCGCAUCCGUGUUUUGCUUCUUUUAAAUCUCCCUAAAUUAAGAAUACUAGGUAAUCUUUACUUCGUAUUAGUAAAGUAGGAUAAAAGACCAAUUUUGCUCUUUCAGCCCUUUAUUAGAUAGCUCCCUAGUUCCCACGGUAUUGGGUAACUAUCUACUAAGUGGCUGCAAGAUGCAGCCGCAGCACGAAUAGGAUUGGAAUGUCAGUUCAUUAGAAUUAAAUUCUGAUUCAAACGAAAAAAAGUGCAGAAUGUUGUUCUAACAUGUGUGGACAAAGUGUACUUAUUCUGCUAGAAUAAAAUUUGGUAGCUUCGCCGGCACUCUGUCUAUAUGACAGGACGUUCGGGAAUAGUGAAAGGAGGCAUUGCGAGAUCCCGGAAGAAGUAUUGUGAUAACAUUUCUUUGACCAUAGGAAAUGGAGCGUGCUCCUCCUUUGGUCAAAGCUGGUCAUGCUUAGGAAAAAUCCAUAAGACAGAGUAGUCCCUACUUUGUCUUAUGUUUUUAAAGAAAACUACUUCAGACAGGAAUCAAAGAAGAACUGAUCCUGAGAGAGGAAGAGAAGAUGAAGUGAUUGUGGAAAGGUAAGUUUGGCAUGACAGUGCUCUUUAAUGAGAUAAGUAGACCUUCCCUCUGAUGGGGUAAAUCUUUAAUCAUGUUGGCCAUGUCCUUUUUAAUCUAAAUACCCACAGUGUGUAUUUCAUGCAGUAUACCUAGCAGUUGUGAUUUCCCAAAAUAAAUUUUCAUUCUCAUUAAUUGUAAUAUACUUUGUGUUUGUUUUCUAAAUAUUGCUCUUCUUGCCGUUCAGGGCUGAACUUGGUGGAUUGAGUGGAUUCUAUUGUAACCUGGAAGGCCAGUUGGAGAUCAACCCUCCUGGUAUGGACUCGUCUUCUAACACUCAAGCCAGUUUAGACACUUUGCUUGCUAUUAAGCAGCAUUUGUGCGAGUUUCAUAAACUCCUAGUUGAUCCACCAACGGUAAGAACAAUGUCUUGAAAUUAAAAUUUGUAUUCUCAUAUAUUUCUUGUAACAGAAUUGUGUAUUUAGUUGAUCAAUGAAUACCAGCAAGGAACCCUUUCUAUUCGAAGCAUUACAUCUCCAUCAACCUUCCAUGUCUUGUAAAGCUCUCCCCCUCUUUUAUCUUGUCUGUUUUUUGCUACCAGUCAGUUUAAGGUGCUCUGUACUUGAUUAUUUACUUAGACCUAUUGGUGAGACUGCAACUAAUGAAAUAAGAGCUGGUCCAUGCACAAUGUCUGUGUUGGAGUUUUUGUCUGUAAAGUUAAAUUCCUAGGUUUAACAAAGAUGCCAGUAAAACAUAAAAAUAUCUUACAGUGCCUCCACAUUACUGUCUGUGUUGUCCUUGAAUUGCUUUAUGGCAAUUUAUUUUCUGGUACAAAAUCUUCUAGGCUGACAAGAUUCUCGGCAACUUUCCAAAUGAUGAGUUGGAAAUUUAUUUUUGGUUACUUUUUGCUCUGGUUUAACCCUUUCACGACAGUGUCAUAAUAUAGGAUUUUCUGACCAACUUGUCCUGAAGGAGUUAGGAAUGUCUAGAUUACAAAGAACUUCCAUUUGAGAAGAAUACAUGGAGCAACACAGACAAACAACUAACAGUUUACUUAAGGUUGAAGUCUUGCUUGACUGGUAGUGACAGUUGCUUGUUUCCUUAACCGUAAACACUACAUUGUUUUUUUUAUUGGGCUAAAUAAAGCGGCAGAGGUAGGGUAAAAAAAAAAGGUUGUGCGCCUCUGCUGUCCUCAUGCUUUGUGGGUGAACUCACUGCCCAGUCAAGUCUCUGGCACCUACGCAGGAAUACCUAAUGAGCGAGCAGUCUUACAUUUGUUCAGCAGUCCCACACAUGCAUCAAGUGUGUGACAUUACAGUGAUUAAUCUACAUUCCAAUGCCAAAUUAUUGAGUCUUCAUGUUUGGUGUUGCUGAAAGUUAAUCCUCCUCACACAAAUGGGUCCUCAGUACUUGUCUAAGCAUUGGAUUGGCCUGAAAUAAUACCCCGGGUGGUGGUGCAUUACACCAGUUCCAGGUGCACUAUUAUGCAUGCGCAAACCAGAACUUCCGGGAAACCUCAGAGUGCGGAUCGCUAUGCUGUUCUCUCUGGCAGCCGGAAGCUUGUCAGAAGGGUUCCCCGUAUCAUAAGAUUAGCUGAUCUUUCCCUUGAAAAUCUAUUCUGAUUUAAAACUGCAAGUUAUGGAUGGAAUUGUUUUGCAGAAAGUGGACUGUAUCUGCAAGAUGGACACCGUGGAAUGCCUCUGCUAUACUUGGCUUUUGCUUAUUGUAUCUGUGCUACUCCUCUUAAUAUGGUUCUGGGGUUUAUAAAUAGGACCAUGGUGCUGCAAUUUCUUGGUUAAAAUUAAGCAGAGAAUAUGCAAUCAUUCCCAUCUUGAAUUCUUAUAGAGAAUCAAAUAGUGUAUCAGCUGCUCUGCCUGAGAUGUUCCGCAGGUACCGAAGAGAAGCGUCUUUCGAUUAUUUCUAGUGUCUGGUGAAAAUUUAUUUACCUCUUCUUAAGACAUCUAAAAUCUAGACCCAGCACCAGUCUACCCACAAAAAUAGUCCACCAAUUUCAGAGCUCUUAAGGCAGUUCUUCACUCCCCUCACCGAUUCAGAUCUUGGUUGGUUGAUUGGACCUAUUACAAUGCGGCCAGAUCACAAUACGGUUUCCCUCACAUCAACAGACAGGGCAGUGCCAGAGGCAACGUCUGUUUUAGCCAUGUACCAAAACUGUGUACUGGGCUCAGGAUCUCUGGGAGUUCCUCUCUCCAUUCCAAUUAUGUGUCAGCAAGGUCAUCACUUACAACCUCAGCUCAAGAAAUUUGAAUCAAGAGUAAGGGUCUGUAGAUCCGAUCAUGUUCACGGUCUACAGAGAUUUUGAGUGCCCGGAUAGACCGUUUAGCAAACAGGGAGAACCUGAAGACUCUCAGGUUUGCCUCUCUGUACAGGACAGACAAACUAUCCAACAUCAACUAUCUAUCUAAGGGUAUUUCUCUGGGCUUACAUUUUUUUUCUCCUAUAGACUGUUUCCAAAACUUCUUCAAAGAGGUAACAGACAGAACAUUGGUUCUGCCAAUCUUUCCGUACUGGCCAAACACGAGCCAGUUUUUGGCCUUGGUGGAGAUGACUUUCAAGUUUGGGGAUCUUCCGAAUCUUGAAAACACUUUUGGAAGACAGGAUAUCCUACUAGAACUGUUGAAUAGGUUAUUGACGGUAGGGCACUGCAUGGUGUAUUCUUCAUCUCCUGCAUCUUCAUGAGUCAGAGUCCUCUUGUUGCGUAUAAUCUUCUAGCCGUUCCGCCUCUAACCUUUACAUGAGGAUUUGGGAAUUGUCAUUGUCUUCUAGUUAAUUUGUCCGGUUGGUUCAAAUUUACACUUCCUUCAGACGUUUUCCACAGGUUGGGUGUUUUCACAUUAAGACCAAAUUGUAUUCCCUAAAUUCUUUCUGAGAAGGGAUUGAUCUUCGUAUAUAUUGGUUAGAAGUUUCUUUAAAGCAAUAGGCCACCCAGGAAGCUCUGUUUCCCUCCUGGGAUCUUUCUUCAGUCUUUCAGGUCACCUUUUACUUUGUAGGUGGUUCCUUUUUAAUAUGCUAAAGCUCAACCAGCAUUCUUAAUGGCCAUUACCCCUGCCAAGAGAGUAAGUGAGCUUCAGGAUAUAUCUUGUUCAGUGGAAUGUCUUAUAUUCCAUCAGGGUGAAAGUUGUUUCAUGCUAAAACUUCAAAUCUUACAGAGUUAUCUUUUUAGAGCCAUUAAAAAGCUCAUCCUCUAUAAUUAUGCCACCUCCCCGCUGGAACUAGAUGGCAUAUUCUAGAGUUAAAAAAAAAAAAGGGCAUUUCAGAUGUACCUAUCAAUAUCAGCCAAAAUCAGAAGAUCAGAUCACCUGUUGUCAACUUCUAGGAAAGUUUUAAGGGGAAUGAAGCCUCUCCUAAUUCUAUUUCUCGUUAUUUUGUCAAUCAUAUGGCCUAUGCUUUAGUAGUUUUGAUUCGCCAGCGUCUUUCACAGUGCAUUCCACAAAGGCCAUGGCCACUUUGUGGGCAGAGAAAAGCUCUUGCUUCACCUGAAAAAAUCAGCAUGGCUGCUUCUUGGUCAGCUUUUAGCACCUUACAAAACAUUAGGCAUUUUCAGACUGAGAUGUACUCUCUGCCUCUAAUGUUGCGCUAGGGCGUAGGUACUUCAAGCUGUUUAGGCAUACAGUUUUGAUGUCUGGAUAAGCACCCCCCCAACCUCCAAAAAAAAUAACACCAUUUUAUGUUUCCUUCUUGUACAGAAAUACUCCUUGCAGACCACUUGGGGAGUCCUUGAUCCACCUUUGGGAAACACACGUCUCCAUGUAGUGAAAUUACUUGCAAGUGCAAUUAACGCAAACAACAAAGCAUUAAACCAAGAAUUGAUUGACCUAGACACCCUCAAUGUAAUAUUGGUAAGUGUAAAAGGGUUAUAUUUGUCUCAAAAUUAUCUUCCUUUCAUAAGCGCUCUCAUCUCACACCCCAUAGAUGCAAUCCUUAACUUAAUCACAUGAGCAACAAUAUAACCAAACACCUUGUGAACACCAGCGGAAAAUGUAUAAAGGACAAAUUAAUCUUUUAGAUUCAGAAAUCUCUAGAGCUGAAAAUUCCUCCCAAACUUUAAAAAUGAAUAUAAAAGCAUACCACUCUCUACAGAAAAAAUGCAAACACCGUAGUAUUGCUCAAUAUUGCUUGUUUAGUUGUGUAAAUUUCACUCACAAGAUGGUAAAAAAUGGUAAAAUCAUACCAGUCUGUAUAAUGCCGCCUCUUGUGUUCAUGUAAAGUGGAGAAACUCAAAACAGUGUAUAGAAUUUUUUUUUUUUUUUUUAAACCAAAAAACUUCCUUGCCUGUACCCAUCAAAUGGAGUAUAUAAUCCUCCUUCCAAUACCUCUCAAAUUUUUCAAAUGUUAAAGGAUCUUAACAUGUAUAGCUUGGAGGAAAGACUAGAACAUUUAAAUGUAUAAAGAGGAUCAACACAGAAAAGGAGACUAGAUUUAAAAGAGAAACUACCACAACAAGAGGACGUUAGAGGGGAGGUGUUUAAAAAUACCAGGAAGUAUUACUUUACUGAGAGGGUAUUGGACACAGCCUUCCAACUGAAGUGGUAGAUGUUAAAACAGUGAGGAAGUUUAAGCAUGUGUGGGAUAGGUACAUGGCUAUCCUAGAUAAAAGAUAAGGCCAGAGACUAAUGAAAGUAUUGACGAAAUUGGGCAGACUAGAUGGUCUGAAUGAUUAUCUGCCUUUCUAUACUAUGUGUGUCUAUUUGCAUUUUUUUUUUUUUUGGAUGGUAUGUUUUUGUGACAUGCUCAUUGCAUCGAUACAUUAGUAUUUAUAAAGUUACACUAGCUAACGAUAUUGAAUUGAUCUGGAUGUUUUCUGACCACCACGUGUUUGGGUGGGUGGUUUUGAAAUUAUGUGGAGGUGUGACAUGUGAAUAAGUCUGUCCUAUAAGCACCUAUGACCGGAAAUAAAAAAAUGUCUAGCUUAAAUGGUUCACCUGAUGAGCUAUACAAAAUUGUGGUUUUGCUAAGAACGUAUGACUUAAUAUACAUCUAAUUUUAUUUAUACCUUUCUAUUUUCUAGGAUCUUUAUUUCAAAUAUGUGUACAAUAAUUUCCUGCAUUCACAAGUAGAACUUUGCAUCAACACGAUUUUAAAUUCUGCACCUAUUGAAGAAACCAACGAAACUGAUGAACAAGUAAACCCGCUCGUUAAAUAUGUAAGGAAAAUUUGUGUUCUGCCUGUAUAGAAAGAAACCGUAGAUGUGCAAUUCAGAGACUGGCAUAAGUGGAUAUGGGGAAAAAUAUGUACCUAAAAUGCAUUGACCCAAGAUGGCUUUUGGGUGGCACUUUACAUAAUGCAUUAACACAUUUUGUGGAAAUACGGUAUAUAAAAUAGCAAACUUGUUAAAUAGUCUAAAAGUUGCAAUGCCUAGGACAGCCCUGAAACUAGCUAAGCUAUCUCAGCCAGUGUUGAAGUGUUUUUUUAGGGUGGAUGGGGGUGUAAGUUUCUUGUUCUUUUCAUGCUGGUAAAAAUUAUACCUAGAACAUCCCUUGCAAUAUCUAUUCAUUUUCCUCAAAUAGGGCAUGGUAAACAAAAGUAUUUUAGAAUAUUAAGAACAUUUGAAAAUGACAAAGAGAAAUCAAAUGUUGAAAAAGUAUUACUAUAGUGUAAUUUUGUAUUUGUUACAUGUAUUACUCGGUAGCACUCUUAAAACUCAUAAUCCUUGUCAGCUUUUACAGAAAUGUCGACUUUUCCAUAGAACACUUUCAGCGUGGGAGGAAAAUGAAAAAGAACAGUAAG